AUGGAUCUUCCUUCUAGUGCCGAUAGCAAAGAUCUUGAUGAAAGUGAAUUAGGUUUUGGAGAAAAGGUCAUAAAGAACUGUAAAGAACAGCCUUUAGUUCCUAUCGGAGUCGGUAUGACCUUAGGUGCUCUCAUUCUUUCAGCCCGUGCUCUCAAUCGCGGUGAUGCUAAAACAGCCAAUCGUAUGUUUGUUUGGCGCGUUGCUUUACAAGGUUUGACUAUUGUUGCAUUAGUAGGUGGCUCUUAUUAUGUGGGAAUUAAUGAAAGAUGGAGAGUCAAUAGAGAUGAUGAACUUCGCAAAAAAGCUGAGGUUCGCGAGAAAAUGUGGAUUGAGGAGCUUGAGCGCAUAGAUGUUGCCGCUAAAGAAAGAGCUUUAAGAGCAGAACAGUUCCGUGCUGCGAGAGCCAAACAAGAAUCAAGCAGCGCUGACAACGGUGAAAAACAAUAA